UUUGAAUCAGCGGCGUUAAAUUCGUGAUUUUCACUUAAAAUCGAUUAGUGUUAUUUGUACAACACAGUAACGUUGUUGGAUAAUCACAAAGUUAGGUGGUGCUGGUUUGACAAGAUGUACAGAACAAUAUUUAAUUAAAAAACAAUCCUUAAUACAUUUUUCAUAAAUGAAAUCGAACUUUCGUUUAAUGUAGAAACCAUAACAAUGCAUAAAAAACUAUAAAUCGAAAUUUUUAUAUAGAUUAAUAUAACACCAAAAUAAUGAUUUUAAAAUAUACUUUCGUGUUUUUAACACUGUUCUUGAUGACUUUUGGCUACUUCGGGAAUGUAGUGGACGAUGACUGUUUUUGCCAGCUUCACGGUAAAAUAGACGACUGUACGUGCAAUGUAGAUACAGUAGACCAUUUUAACAACGUAAAAAUUUAUCCGAGACUUCGUAGUCUGCUUCAUAAAGGGUAUUUUCGUUUUUAUAAAGUAAAUCUGAGACGACCAUGCCCCUUCUGGUCUGAUGAUAGUCGGUGUGCAAUCAGAUAUUGCCAUGUGGAGACCUGUGAAGAGGAAGAUAUUCCCGUGGGAUUGAAGGGAAGCUUGCUGUCAUCACCAACGAAAAACCAAAACUCAGAUUUGCAUGUGACACAAAGUUGUAAGGAUGACCACAACACCGAACUCGGGUACUUGAACACCACUAUUAGUGCAAAAGUGCAAGAAGAUAUAGUUCUUUGGAGCGCUUAUGAUGACGCACAAGAUAAUUUUUGCGCUAUAGAAGACAACGAUAAUGAAUCCGAGUACGUUGAUUUGCUGCUCAAUCUUGAAAGAUAUACUGGUUACAGAGGAGAAUCUGCACAUCGAAUCUGGCGGAGUAUUUACAUGGAAAAUUGCUUCAGAAACACCAAAAGCGACAAUCCCUAUAUUCAUAGUUCAAAAUUAAAUAACAUGUGUUUGGAGGAGCGGGCUUUCUAUAGAGCGAUUUCUGGUCUCCAUACUAGUAUCAAUAUUCACUUGUGUGCCCAAUAUUUACUCGCUGAUGGUCUAACUGAACCUAAUGGAAAAUGGGGACCGAAUUUGAACGAAUUCCAAAACAGAUUUUCCAAAGAAAAUACACACGGGGAAGGUCCGCACUGGUUGCGGAAUUUGUAUUUCGUGUACUUGUUAGAACUGCGGGCUUUAAAUAAGGCGGCUCGUUAUUUAUCAAAAGAAGAGUUUUAUACAGGGAAUGAAUCAGAAGAUUGGGAUACGCAGCUUGCAGUGGUCGACCUUUUGAACGUUGUUAAGAAAUUCCCGGAUCACUUUAAUGAAAGUAGCAUGUUUACAGGGAGCGACCAAGCUGAAAAAUUGAAGUAUGAAUUCAAGCAACAUUUUAGAAAUGUUUCGAAAAUUAUGGACUGUGUGGGCUGCGAUAAAUGCAAAUUGUGGGGAAAGUUACAAAUACAGGGUUUAGGAACUGCGCUAAAAAUCCUGUUCUCGGGAAAGUUUGACGAAAGUUCCGACUUGACAUCACUCGAUAAAAGAAAAUUUCAGUUGCAGAGGAGCGAAAUAGUUUCUUUGGUUAACAGUAUAGGGCGACUGUCUACCAGUAUCUACGAACUAGAUGAAUUUCGUCAAAUGUUGCGAUGACGACGACACUAAUUUUAUACCAAGUUGAUUUACUGCGCAAGCGCAUGUGGGACCACUUGUCAAAUUGACUCCACCCUUCCGUUCCCCGGUGACGUGUCAAUUUAAAAAGAACUGAUGUUUGUGUUUACAGUUUUGCUCUAU